AUGGCUGUCGGCCAUGUCACAAUUGCCAAAGCUUGGAUACAGCGACCUGCAGCAACGGCGUUCCAAGCCUCUACCAGCCCUGAAAAUGACGUCCCCAGCACCAAUUCAAACAACAACACGGCAUCGCCACCAACCCUGAAACAGCUCUCAGAGUCGCCGCAAAUAACAGAUUCUGUCAUUCGAUGGUGUCUCGAUGCAUACUUCAAGCACAAAUACCCGCUUACUCCAAUUCUUCAUCGCCCUUACCUCGAACAAACACCAAGAUCAACUGAGCAAUACGGCUUGAUAACCGCAUGUUGCGCUGUCAUUGUACUCUCGCCAGAAAUACUACCGCCUUGCCCUGUCGAGGACAAUUUCACGAUUCCAUCAGCAGACUUCUUGAUAGCAGAAACUCUUCGCGCAAGAGAGUAUUGCAAUCUGAUCGAACACCCGUCAUUAAUGCAUAUACAAACGUCUUUCUUCCUUCACGCUGCAUUUUUCUCAAUGAAUAAGGAUAACUCGGCUUGGUAUUACCUGCAGGAAGCUAUAACGAUGCUCCAGACGUUGCGCUUGCACGAGGAGACCACAUACAAUGAUGAUGAUGCAAGCGACCCAGUCUUUGUGAAGUACGCUCAGCGGAUGUUUUGGGUUCUCUUCAUCACUGAGAGGGCAUACGCUCUACAAAGGAAUCGCCCGAUCAGAUUGCAAGACACGUUGAAGCUUCCAGACGUUGAUCCGAUGUCCUCUGACGCAGAGAUAUUGCGGGGCUUCCUCGACCUUAUCUCCCUGUUCCGUCCGUUUGGUCAAGACUUCAUCUCACAGUGGAACUCCCCAACAUCAUCCACAUCGACAGAUUUCGCAAACCUGUUCCGACUGCAGUAUCUUCUCAAACAUUCGCUUCCGAACCUUUCAAAUCACUCCCAAGUCCAACAAGCAGAUCUUCUCAUAUCGCGUCAAUGGCUGAAGAUUGUUGUCUGGAAACUCUGCGCUUCAAAAAGGGUUCUCUCAACGGCGAAUAGCGAAGAUGUCAUGUCGUUGCACUACCCAGCCAGCAUAGCACGCGACAUCGUAUUGGUGUCGCAGUUAGUGCCGACGCAGGCCUUUGAAGCUAAUGGCAUCGGAAUCGUUGAGAAGGUGUUUGAUGUUGGCUGCUCGUUGGCGGAUCUGCUGUCGUUGGUACCGCUGGAAUAUCAAGGUUCAACCAUGGAUGUUGGGGUUAUUGAUACACUUAUGGAGACAGUGAAAAUUGUCGGGACGAGAUUUGGAGGUAGUUAUCGACAUUUGGACAUAUUGGUUGGCAAAGCGAGCGGGUGUCUUCUUAUGAACGUGGAUCGAAGUCUUCCUCCGCUCGAUCAUGAUGAGUCAAACAAUGUCGAGGAGAUCUAA